UGGUGCCCCUUGAGCCGUGGAUGCUCCCGGUUGGUGGCUCCUGGCCACUGAAGGAACUUCCCUGCAGUGAAAGUGACAUCUAUUUGCGAUAGCCCUGUUCCGUGCUCUGGCCUCGGGUGGCUGCUCCAGGAUUCAGUGAAAUAAGGGCAGAUUUUGCUGGAAAGGAAAAUUGAACUCUCAUAUCCUCCUUAAAAGAGCAAGGUACCAGCUUGGGGAUGUCCUGAAGAGCCAGCUGUCCUAGAGCACCGUGGGACGCGGUGCUGAAUCGCUGCCCCAACCCUGCUCCGAGCAGGAAGGUACAUGACCGAUGGUGGACUUGGCCUCUACACCCGCCGCCUGAACCGGCUCCCUGAUGGGAUGGCUGUGGUGCGGGAGACCCUGCAAAGAAACACCUCCCUGGGCCUCGGAGAUGCUGACAGCUGGGAUGACAGCAGCUCCGUCAGCAGCGGGAUCAGCGACACCAUAGACAACCUCAGCACGGAUGACAUCAACACCAGCUCCUCCAUCGGCUCCUAUGCCAACACGCCUGCCUCCUCGCGUAAGAGCCUGGAUGUCCAGACCGACGCUGAGAAGCACUCACAGGUGGAGAGGAGUUCCCUGUGGUCCGGCGAUGAUGUCAAGAAGUCAGACGGAGGGUCAGACAGUGGCAUAAAGAUGGAGCCGGGGUCGAAGUGGAGGCGGAAUCCUUCUGAUGUGUCUGACGAGUCCGACAAAAGCACGUCGGGCAGGAAGAACCCCGUCAUCUCUCAGACAGGCUCGUGGCGGCGAGGCAUGACAGCUCAGGUGGGCAUCACCAUGCCGAGGACGAAGCCGGCUGCCCCGGCAGGCACGCUCAAGACCCCAGGAACGGGAAAAACAGAUGAUGCAAAGGUGUCUGAGAAAGGAAGGCUGUCUCCCAAAGCCUCCCAGGUGAAGCGCUCCCCGUCGGAUGCUGGCCGCAGCAGUGGCGAUGAAUCCAAGAAACCCCUCCCUGGCAGCUCCAGGACGCCCACUGCCAACGCCAACAGCUUUGGGUUCAAGAAGCAGAGUGGCUCUGCCUCUGGUUUGGCCAUGAUCACAGCCAGUGGGGCCACUGUCACCAGCAGGUCAGCCACACUGGGCAAAAUCCCAAAGUCGUCUGCACUUGUCGGUCGGUCCACCGGUCGGAAGACAAGCAUGGAUGGGGCUCAGAAUCAGGAUGAUGGGUAUCUGUCUCUCAGCUCCCGGACAAAUUUACAGUACCGGAGUCUUCCAAGGCCCAGUAAAUCCACCAGCCGGAAUGGGGCUGGGAACAGGUCUAGCACCAGCAGCAUAGAUUCCAACAUCAGUAGCAAGUCAGCAGGCCUGCCGGUGCCCAAGCUGAGGGAACCUUCCAAGACAGCCCUCGGCAGCUCUCUGCCAGGUCUGGUCAACCAGACCGAUAAGGAGAAAGGCAUCUCAUCCGACAACGAGAGCGUGGCUUCCUGUAACUCAGUGAAGGUGAACCCCGCAGCCCAGCCUGUGUCUAGUGCGGCUCAGGCCACUCUCCAGCCAGGGGCCAAGUACCCUGAUGUGGCCUCUCCCACGCUCCGCAGACUCUUUGGUGGGAAGCCUACCAAGCAAGUGCCCAUCGCCACAGCCGAAAACAUGAAAAACUCGGUGGUCAUCUCCAACCCUCAUGCCACCCUGAGCCAGCAAGGUAACUUAGAGUCCCCCUCGGGCAGCGGCGUCCUGAGCAGCGGGGGCAGCAGCCCUCUCUACAGUAAGAACGCAGACAGCGCCCAGUCCCCCCUGGCCUCCAGCCCCAGCUCCGCCCACUCGGGCCCCUCCAACAGCCUCACGUGGGGCACCAACGCCAGCAGCUCCUCGGCCCUUAGCAAGGACGGCCUGGGCUUCCAGUCGGUCAGCAGCCUCCACACCAGCUGCGAGUCCAUUGACAUCUCCCUGGGCAGCGGAGGGGUGCUGAGUCACAACUCCUCCACCGGCCUCAUUGCCGCCUCUAAGGAUGACGCCCUGACCCCCUUUGUCAGAACCAACAGUGUGAAGACCACACUGUCGGAAAGGUACACCCCCACCUCCCAGCUUCGCACACAAGAAGACGCAAAAGAAUGGUUACGGUCCCACUCUGCAGGAGGCCUGCAGGACACUGCCGCCAACUCUCCUUUCUCCUCUGGCUCCAGUGUAACUUCUCCCUCCGGAACAAGAUUCAACUUUUCUCAGCUUGCGAGUCCCACCACUGUCACCCAGAUGAGCUUGUCCAACCCGACCAUGCUGAGGACCCACAGCCUCUCCAAUGCCGACGGGCAGUAUGACCCGUACACGGACAGCCGCUUCCGGAACAGCUCCAUGUCCCUGGACGAGAAAAGCAGAACCAUGAGCCGCUCAGGCUCAUUCCGGGAUGGGUUUGAAGAAGUUCAUGGAUCCUCACUCUCCUUGGUUUCCAGCACAUCAUCAAUUUAUUCUACACCAGAAGAAAAAUGCCAGUCAGAGAUUCGCAAACUACGGCGGGAGCUGGAUGCCUCCCAGGAGAAGGUUUCCGCUUUGACCACCCAGCUGACAGCAAAUGCUCACCUUGUGGCGGCCUUUGAACAGAGUCUUGGAAACAUGACAAUCAGGCUCCAGAGCUUAACCAUGACGGCCGAGCAGAAGGACUCAGAACUGAAUGAGUUAAGAAAAACCAUUGAGCUGCUGAAGAAACAGAACGCAGCUGCCCAGGCGGCCAUUAAUGGGGUAAUUAACACCCCAGAGCUCAACUGCAAAGGAAAUGGUACCUCCCAGUCCGCAGACCUCCGUAUCCGCAGACAGCACUCCUCCGACAGCGUCUCCAGCAUCAACAGCGCCACCAGUCACUCCAGCGUGGGCAGCAACAUAGAGAGUGAUUCAAAGAAGAAGAAGAGAAAGAAUUGGUUACGCAGCUCCUUCAAGCAAGCCUUCGGGAAGAAGAAGUCCCCCAAGUCGGCAUCCUCUCAUUCAGACAUUGAGGAGAUGACGGAUUCUUCUCUGCCUUCCUCACCAAAGUUACCACACAACGGUUCCAUGGGCUCCACUCCCCUGCUGAGGAACUCUCACUCCAAUUCUCUGUAAGUCUGUCUGCCGGGGUCACUCUGGUCAGACGGCAUCUUUGGCCCCUGGGAACCCUCUCCAGUAGGAAUGGCUAGGAGUCCUGCUAUGUUCCUCGGGGUCCUUUGUGUCUUGCGUUCAUAAGACCGUGCAUAUUCUUUCGGUGUUUUAGGACCAGAGAGUUUAAAAGAGAAAGGAAACGAGUUUCUGUUCUGCUGGCAUCGCUGUGCAUAAUUAGCUGGCUGAUCUUGGGCAAACGGCUUAACCCCUCUUUGUUUCCAUUUCUUUGUCAAAUUGGGAUAAUGGUUGUCUCCUUAUCCUAUCCUAAGGAUUGAACAAGAUAAGUGGAUGGGAAGAGCUACAGCCGUUGUGCUCUGACAGGGAGAUGAUGGUAUACGUGUUGGCAGUUUGGGCUGAGAUUCUGGUUCACUUGGGCGACGCGGGGCUUAGAGAGAUUAUACUUUUCUUCUUUGAUCAACAUUUAGCGUUGACUCUUUCUCUGAGGUCAGCACUCAGAAAUAAGACAUUUA